UGCUGGACUAUUUCUCCACCUGUGCAAGUGAAUUGGCCUUCACAUCUCUGAUGGGGUUUUGCUUUGAUUGCAUGUUAGUGCCAGUUCCUGAAGUGCAGAGGUGCUGGGGUCGCUUCCUGCUGCUGCAGCCAGAUAAGAAUGGAAAUGUUCAUCGCCACAGGUUUAUAAAGGAUGAUAUUUUCAAUAGACAGCUGGUGCAGCAGAUACCUGUCACAGAGGAUGGCCUUGUGACUUUCCAGACAUACUGCAGUGCUGUGUACUGGCUGUCUAACUCCAGCAUCGAGACAAAACUGGGAGGGUUGUAUCAGACAUUAGCCUGCAGCUCCCUGAACAAGGACUCUCUAGAGCGUCUUCUACAAGCUCUUUACCCAAAGGAAAGUCAAGGGGGAGUGAACCAGCUUUCCAGCCUGCUAAUGUGGGAAAUGGACACGAAAAACCAAGGGUUUAUUGAUGAAGAUCAGUUUAUUGCAUGGAUGAAGAAACUCCCACAGGAAACCUUGACAGCUUUGCUGCACUUCUCGGUGAUACCACACAAGCUCACAGCAGCAAGUGCACCACAAAUUCCCCAGAGAGACUUGACUACAGCUCAAGACUCCAGAAAGGUAACAGAUAACCAGCUUCUUAAAAUUGCUGUGGAGAUGUCUAGGCAGAGAAGAGACUGGAAACUGUUGGCCAAUAGCCUUGGUUUCUUGGAGACAGACAGUCAAACAUUUGAGAGAAAACAUUUAGAAGUACAGAACCAGAUCGUGGAGAUGCUACAGGUGUGGCGAAGCGCAGCAGGCCAGCAGGAUCCAGUGCAUGUACUGCAGACUGCUCUGAGAGACAGCGGAAACACGGACAUCAACAAUGAAGUCUUCCAUCUCAGCUUCUAAUAACGGAAUGGCUCAUUUAAAAAAGGAGGUUGAUUGAAUAGAGCCCCAAUUAGGUUAAAGAGCAUUUCAUUAUCCUUGGGAAGGGGGGGAUAUUACAGUAUAUUUACACAGUACAGAAGACAGGAAAUGAUUUGAUCAAUUUUUUAAAAAAAAAUCAGGGUACCAUCAUAAUAUUAAACAUUCUUAACAUGUUUCAAGCUUUGUUGAAUGCUGUUAAACAUACAUCGUGUGCAUCAAGCUCACCAGUUCUCUGACCUCAUGUAGACUGUUAUAUGUAGUGUUUAUAUGCCCCAUAACUUGUUUAUUGGGAAAGGUCUUGUUACACUAAUUGCAUCCUCCUUUAAGGGCUGUAAAAACAGUACACCCCAUAUAGCUGCCUGGAUCUCAUGUAAUUGAGAAAAGAUUCAAUGCAGUUUUUACUCAUCCAUAGAUACAGUAAAACCUCUUUGCAUCAACACAGUUGAGAAUAGAAGCAAUAUAAACCUUUACCACAAACACUUUGUCAGGAAAAUGAGUAAGUCAUCCUAAUGAAAGCCACAUGCCGUAUGUCCAGCACGUUCACGGUGUUACACAACACAUCCAUUGUCAACAUUUAAAUCUUGCAUCAAUGUUUGUUUACUGUUUAGCUAUCAUUAAGUGUAUUGUAUUGUCGUGUUUGUAUUGCACAUUUUGCAUUUUCAUAUAGUAUUCAAUUGCAGUGAUUUACAGAGCAGCAAUAUACUAUGUGAAAAAUAUG